GUUUAGGGGUACAAUACGGUCGACCCUUCUGGGCAAUUAAACUUUUGCUGCCUCAUCUUCUUGAUACUGGAAUCCAAGCAAAACCUCUCACUUUAACAACCCUGCGGCCUACCUUGGCACGGCACCUGUGCACCAGUGUACGGAGUACCUACUUAAGUAGUCACCCGCCUUUCGUGGCGCUACCCGGCCCGUUUCACAGAGGCGGCCUGGCGCCACGCCCCACCAAGUUCCUGAAGUCUGACAAUCAGAGAACAAGUGAUUUGACCACGCUCGACACAACAUCAGAAUACAUUCGCCCUUCUUUCGCACUCGUUGCUUCGGUACACCAGAAACAUCCAAUCUGCCUAGGAGGAACUUGUGCAGUCCACUAGUGCCAUGAAGAAGCCAUGAAGAAGCGGCGCAGCAUCUCCAGAAUCUUCCAACGAGCAUCUUGCGCUACUCCAGUCACACACUGAGACUCUCCAUCCGCGAGCACUUGUAUCUCUCACACUCUGUCUCGCACGCGUGCGCCCUUCGCAGACCGGCCAGGGUUCAUAUUCAGCAGCUUCACCACCUACGAUGGUUAAAGAGGCAUCAGGUCAGCUGCCCAACGGGCCAGCAAAACUUCCAUCCCUCCCCAAGAACUCAAAGGUCCAUAAGCGGCCCAUAAACCGUGCUCGGGUCUGCAAUCGUGGGGGGCCACCUCUAAGCCCCAAGCAGCCCAUCAUCCAAGUCGGCACAAAGUCCCCCUUCAUGGGUAUCGUGAGCAAGGUUCGCCAUGCCUUGGACAAGGCUCCCUCGUCACGGUCGACCAAAGGGCUCCCCCUGGCCGCGCGGAUGGCUGCUCUGAACUCUGCGGCCUCAUCCCCAAGCCGCGUCGAAGACGAGGUCUUGGUACGUGGCACCGGGAGGGCCAUGGCCAGAACGCUGAAAAUUGCGGCGUGGUUCGGAGACCAGAAGGAGUAUAUGGUCAGUGUCCGGACAAUGAGCCUCGAGGCAUCGGAUGACGUCGUUGCCGACGCAGACGGUGCGGAUGACGAGGGUGGCUUCGCGGCGGAAGAGGAGACCAGGACGAGGAUGGUGAACUGCUUGGAAGUCGGUAUCAGCUUAAGAUGAGGAUGCCCCGGCCCUGGGCUUGAUUGGUGGUUCUCGGUAUUCCCACUGCGGUUCUGGCAUUUCGGCUUCCUCUGUUUCGAGUUGAAUAGCAAUUGUUGCAGAGGUUCGAUGUAUUACAUUACUGCAGAUGAUCCUGAAUGCAUGUGCCUCUGGGAGUACCUUAUUCAGGGUCGUCCGCCGUGAAUAAGAGCAUUCCAAGGUUUGUUUAGGCACCAAACUUCAUCA